AUGUCAGGAGAUACAAGACCGCUUCCAUUUGUGUACCAGUUCGCCGCGGGCGCCAUUGCUGGCGUCUCCGAGAUCCUUGUGAUGUACCCACUCGACGUGGUUAAAACCCGUAUCCAGCUGCAGGUCGGCACGGGAGCCCAAGCCGAGUAUUCGGGAAUUGUUGACUGUGUGACCAAGAUAGUCAAGAACGAGGGGUUUUCUAAGCUUUACCGUGGUAUCUCAGCUCCAAUCUUGAUGGAGGCUCCUAAGAGAGCGACCAAAUUCGCUGCCAAUGACGAGUGGGGAAAGUUUUACCGCAAGCAAUUUGGAGUGACCGAGAUGAACCAGUCGCUUGCAGUUUUGACCGGAGCCACUGCUGGUGCCACUGAGUCGUUUGUAGUGGUUCCAUUUGAACUCGUCAAGAUUAGACUCCAGGACAGGACGUCCAAGUACACCGGAAUGGUAGAUGUGGUCACCAAGACCGUCAAGAACGAAGGAAUUUUGGCGAUGUACCAAGGUCUGGAGGCUACUUUGUGGCGUCACAUUGUGUGGAAUGCUGGUUAUUUCGGAAUUAUCUUCCAAGCGCGUGCUCUGUUGCCAAAGGCCGAAACUCCAUCUGGAAAAACUGUCAACGAUCUCAUCAGCGGUGCCAUUGGAGGAACUGUUGGUACUCUGCUGAACACACCAUUCGACGUUGUCAAGUCUCGUAUCCAGAACACUGUCAAGGUGCCUGGUGUGACUCCAAAGUACAACUGGACCUAUCCUGCUCUUGCAAUGGUUUACAAGGAGGAGGGAUUUGCAGCUCUCUACAAGGGUUUCUUGCCUAAGGUACUUAGACUAGGACCUGGUGGUGGUAUUCUGCUGGUUGUCUUCACCAACACGAUGGAUUUCUUCCGUGGAGUUUACUACAAGGACUAA